AUGUCACGCCAGUAUACCAAUCUCCAACCGCAUGCGCGCGACUCUUUAGAACUCGCAAGUUUAGCAUCAAGCUCUUCCGGUCGACGAACCUCCUCCUCUUCGUCACGGUCGGGCAUAGCAUCCUCUCGAAAGCUAUCACUCGAGCAAGAUGAUCCUUUAGACGACCGAAAUCCAGCGGCGAACCCCAGAGGCGGACAUGCGCGGUCCUACUCAGUCUCCUCCGUCUUCGACUUCUCCUCGAAUAUUUUCCCACUCUCCUCAUCCACUGGGAAUGGAUAUGCACCCAUAGGUGCCCCUAUAUCUUCUACGAAUCCACAGACGGCGUUAGGAGGGGCAACGCUGGAAAAGAACAAGACUUUGACAUAUAUGAAUGGGUUAUCCUUAAUUGUUGGCUUGAUCAUAGGAUCUGGAAUCUUCUCAUCGCCUAGCCAAGUUAAUUCGAAUGCCGGAUCACCAGGCGCGUCUUUAAUAGUGUGGGCAAUUGCUGGGAUACUAGCAUGGACUGGAGGAGCAAGCUACGCGGAACUGGGAGGGGCUAUACCGCUGAAUGGAGGAGCGCAGGUGUAUUUGUCCAAGAUAUUUGGAGAGAUCUGGGGGUUCCUUUUUACAUGGUGUGCUGUGGUGGUUCUUAAGCCAGGUUCCACGGCUAUCAUUGCGAUCAUAAUGGGCGAAUACCUCGUACGAGCAGGAAUUGGAGCAGAUGCUGAGAACGUGAGCGCUUGGAUAAAUAAGAGUGUAGCACUGAUCGGGUUGAUCUUGGUUACGUUCUUAAAUUGCGUGUCGACAAGGUUGGGCACAAAGAUGGGAGAUAUGUUUAUGUUUUUGAAAUUUGUGGCUCUACUAGGAAUCACAGUUGUUGGGAUAGUUGUGGCCAUUACCGGAUUCUCAACCACUGGGCCAGCAAAUCAAGAUUGGAGAACAAAAGGAUGGUUCGAGGGGACAAGCACGAGUGCUUCAUCCUGGGCAGUUGCACUGUACGCAGGAUUAUGGGCAUUCGACGGCUGGGACAAUACCAACUACGUAGUAGGAGAAUUUCGCAACCCAACCCGCGAUCUCCCCCGCGUAAUCCACACCGCCAUGCCCCUCGUAAUCCUCUCCUACAUCCUCGCCAACAUCGCCUACUUCUUCGUGCUCCCCCUCAAAACCAUCAACUCAACCAACACCGUCGCCGUCAUGUUCGGCUCCAAAGUCUUCGGACCCAUCGGCUCCCUAAUCCUCGCCCUCAUCGUAAGCCUCUCCUGCUUCGGCGCCCUCAACGCCACAACCUUCACCUCCGGCCGUCUCGUCUACGUCGCGGGGAAAGAAGGCUACCUCCCUUCAGUAUUCGGCAAGAUAGGCAUCGGCUCUAUGACCGAACCACACGCUACUACCCUACGCACGCGGAAUUGGGCGAGUAAACGCAUGGCGCGCAUGUUCGGCGACGAGGAAACAGGCCUCUUCUUCACGCCCGUCUACGCCAUGGUCCUCAACGCUUUGCUUACAGCCCUCUACAUCCUCGUCGGCGAAUUCGGCACGCUCGUCACUUUCUACGGGGUAGCAGGCUACACGUUCUACUUCAUGACCGUGCUCGGCCUCAUCAUUCUGCGUGUCAGGGAACCGAAUCUCGAACGUCCGUAUCGGACGUGGAUCACCACUCCCAUCAUCUUUUGCUGUGUGAGUUUGUUUUUGCUGAGCAGAGCGGUGUUUGCGGAGCCCGUGCAGACGUUGAUUGUAGUUGCGUUUGUGGCGGCCGGUGUGCCGGUUUAUUAUUGGAGGAUUUGGGGGAGGGAUAAGGGGAGUAAGCGGGAAGGGAGUGGAGGGGGUGGAUGGAAGUUUUGGAGGAGGAUUAGGAGUUAG